AUGCUGGGGGCUGUGUGUCUCGCCGUGCUGCUGGGCUACGCUUACGGAUGCGGUCAGCCGGCCGUGCCACCGCUGCUGGGCACCCGCGUGGUGGGCGGCGAAGAUGCCCAGCCCCACAGCUGGCCGUGGCAGAUCUCGCUGCAGUACACCCGCUCUGGGGCUUGGCACCACACAUGCGGCGGGACCCUCAUUGCCCCCAACUGGGUGCUGACAGCCGCCCACUGCAUCAGCUCUAGCCUGACGUACCGCGUAGUGCUGGGCAAGCAGGUCCUGUCGGAGGAGGAUGAGCCGGGCUCGGUGGCCGUGGGCGUGGAGAAGAUCAUCGUGCACGAGAAGUGGAACUCCUUCUUCAUCAUCAAUGACAUUGCCCUGAUCAAGCUGGUGCAGGAGGUGGAAGAGAACGAGAACAUCCAGGCUGCCUGCCUGCCGCCCGCUGGCCUGACGCUGGAGAACAACUACCCCUGCUACAUCACCGGCUGGGGACGCCUCUGGACGAGCGGGCCCCUGGCCGACGUCCUGCAACAGGCACUGCUGCCCGUGGUGGACCACGAGAUCUGCUCCCAGAGGGACUGGUGGGGCAGCACCGUGCGCACCACCAUGGUGUGCGCUGGCGGUGACGGCGUCGUCUCCGGCUGCAAUGGGGAUUCGGGCGGUCCCCUGAACUGCCAGCGCGAGGGGCUCUGGGAGGUAGACGGCAUCGUCAGCUUCGGCUCUGGGCUGGGCUGCAACACGGCCAAGAAGCCAACGGUCUUCACGCGGGUGUCCGCCUACAUCGACUGGAUCAACGAGGUGGGUGCCCCUGCCUCUCCCCCCGUGGAGGGGCUGAGCCCGCUGUCCCCUUGCCCACCCAGCCGAGGGUCUCACCGCGACCCCCCCCGUGUCUUGUCAUUGGCAGAAAAUGAGCGCAAACUGAGGACGCGGCACGCGGUGCAACGACUCUCGAGUGCGAUAAAGACAAAAGUGCUGUGCUGUCCUCAUGUCUCCCGCUGGUUCUUUGGCAAGGGCACGUGCUGGGGCCAGGGGCUGUCUGCAGCGAUGCCGAGGUUUGGCCCGUGUGCUCCUGAGGGUCCCCUGAGUCGUGCAGCGGGGCUGGCCAGGGUCCCGGGGAGGGCGGAGUGGGCAGCCAUCCCGCAAGCCGCCCCUGUUGCGGGGAGGGGGAUUGGGAGCCAUGCCCAUGGUGUGUAG